GGCAACAUUCGGUGUCACGAGAUGACAAUUAUCUGUGUUAAUGGUGAUACUCAUACUUGAAGAGAACAUGUGACUUUGUACCAAGCACAAAGGAACUGAUCUGCUACGUCAGCUGCCUUAAUAGUGAAACAAUCUGUUCGUGUUAUGCAAAGUAAACCCAAGUAUUGUGGUGUGGUUGCCGAAGCCUUGAUUGACAGCUGGGUAGCUGCUUCAGUGUAACUAGGCUCUGUCUGGAGUAUAACAACACGGUUCGAAGCUCACAAUGUCGUACGUUAAAAACCUGUUUCUUGGAUGUGUUUUUAUUUUGUCAUCAUGGUCAGCUUCAGGACAGUAUAUAGAACAGAUGUCAAAAGAAUUGGGAGAAAUCGUGUCAUCCCAAGAACAGCAGAGAGCAGCGUCCCGACUUCCAGGCCUUACCAAGUCCUUUGCCUUCGCCUCCUACUUCUCCAGCCACAUGGUUCUACAGAAGGCACCGAAGAGAGCAACCAUCUGGGGUUACGCCGCCAACAUUGGUGAGAGAAUCAUCAUCAAAGUCAGCGAGAGAGGGAUUUACACAACCAAGGUGUACCUGGACCCACUCUACAACUAUGGGGUGUGGAAACUAAAACUCCCUGCAGAGUCAAGUGCUGGGCCCUUCACGAUCACUGCCAUAUCCAGCGAGAAGACGAUCACACUGACUGACGUGAUGUUUGGAGAUGUUUGGGUGUGCUCAGGGCAGUCCAACAUGCAGUUUACUAUGAUCCAAGGAUUCAAUGCAAGUGAGGAAAUCGCUGACGCCGGCAACUACCCCAACAUCCGUUUGUUUACCGUUGGCGAUGUUAUUUCAUCACUCCCCAUCCCUGACCUCCACGGCAUCUGGGAACAGUGGGCUGUUGCUGACAAAUCAUCAGUUGGUGGGAAACCUUGGAAGUACUUCUCUGCUGUGUGCUGGCUGUUUGGUAAAACCCUGUACAAGAAGCUGGGCUACCCCAUCGGCCUGAUCGACACCUCUUGGGGAGGGACACCGGUGGAGGCGUGGUCAUCUACAGAUGCUUUGGCGAAGUGUGGAUUGCACGAAGAAACAGAUGAUGUACAGGAUUUCAGUGACCAUCAACUAGGAUUUGAUCCAGCAACAGGCUUUGGAGGACCCAGCGCCUCCUCUGUUCUGUGGAAUGGAAUGGUCUUCCCUCUCCUCAAUAUGACCAUAUAUGGAGCUAUCUGGUAUCAAGGUGAAUCAAACGAAGUCAAGAACCUCCACAAGUACAACUGUACAUUCCCCAGCAUGAUAGAUGACUGGAGACAGAAGUUCCACAACGCAUCCGAUGGAGAAACUGAUCCUGUGUUUCCUUUUGGCUUUGUUCAGUUGGCUGCCUACAGACCUGACAGUGUGGACCCGGCGUUCCCGGAGAUCCGGUGGCACCAGACAGCUGACUACGGCUAUGUGCCCAAUCCCAGGAUGCAGAAUGUCUUUAUGUCUGUUGCCAUGGAUCUCCCAGACUUUGCCUCUCCCUAUGGAAGCAUCCACCCCCGAGACAAACAGGAUGUUGUUGCCAGGCUGGCCGUCAGUGGGAUGAGUGUCGCCUACAACCAGCAAGGGGAGGGAACUCAGGGACCUCUACCAGCACAGAUACAAGAAGGCACGACAAACCUCACCCUGAUGUACACAGAGAAGAUCAAGUACAACAAUAUGGUCGGAUUUGAAGUUCUCUGCACUGUAAACAAAUCCAGCAUUACAUUCUGGACCCCCACCCCCAUCCUGUCUGCCCUCCCUACUAGCAUCACACUGUUCUCCCUAGUGUGUGGGGAGGGGCAGACUAUCCUGGGACUCAGAUACAGUUGGAGGGAGUCCCCCUGUGCCUUCAAGACCUGCACGGUGUACUCGGCUGAAAACCCUCUCCUCCCUGGACCUCCCUUCCUGGUGUACCGGGAGAUGAGCGGAGUGGCCGGGACAGUUCAUGUCAUAGACUGGAACACACCGACUGUCAUUCACAAUUAAAGAAUUUACACAGUCAGAUAGGCUUUAAACACUAUUUUGUAGACUGACUCCAUGUCUAGUUGGAAGUGUGCAGUGUUUGAAAUAUCCUUUGCCAGCCUAACUUAAGGACCUACAGACUUGAGAGGGCUGCAAGCCCAGACGGUAUUUUAUGACACCCUGCAGCUCACAGAGACAAAUACUUCAAGAAAAUUUACUGCAGUCCAUAAGGACCCAUACAAAUUUCAAACUACAGGCCCAACAUUAAAUCUACAUACCACAGGCCUAUGGGCAAGUGUUUAUUUCAAACACUGGCAUCAAGUUCAUGGAUAAGGUCUGAGUUGUUAUCUUGUUGAUAAAUACUAUCUUAUCCUCCAGAAUAUCUACAGGUAUGUCUACAUUCUUUAUUACUGUUUAUAUUAUCUCUUUGCCAGCUAUUCCUUGAGCACUCAAUCACAUCACAUUCCAGCAACAUGUUUUCAUAUUCAUGUGGUAGGUGUUUAGUGCUAUCGAUUGCGAUAGACUGUUAUUUGUAUGCUACUGCUAAUUAUCGAUUUUCCUUUUGACACAUGUUACGGUUAUCAAAUGCAUGUUAUGUUACUCCUGGCAAUACAUCAUGUAGUCCAAGUGGCACGCUAUUCACUCCCAGUAGCACAUCUUGUCUGACUAUUUCAGUGUCCUUCAUCUGUGAAGAUCCGGGUUAGAAUUGAUCUUCAGUAAACCAUGCUUGUUGUAUGAGGCGACUAACAGGAUAGGGUGGUCAGGCUCACUUACUUGGU